UAUCUUUCCGUCAUUGACCAGGUUGUCCUCUGUAUAUCACGAGAGACACAGCGUCCAGGGGAAAGAUUUUAUGGUUUAUGAGAUCAUAAAUAACUGAAUAUGGUUCCUUAUCUUAUUUUUACAUAGUUAUCUUUGGGUCAAAAGCACUUGGAAAAUGAAGCAUCCCUUGAAUCAGGGUAUCCGAAUAAACCUCUUUCUUUCAUCUCUUUCCCAACAACACAAACACUCACUUUUUCAUACGCAAGCCAACCUUAUUCGGAACCUACAAAGUUCUAAUGAUUUUACAUCUGUAACCUCCACCCAUUGCUACGUUAUCAAAUCUGGAUUCUUGGACGACACCUUCACCAUCAACCAUCUUUUAAACUCGUAUGUUAGGCUGCUGAGAAUUGACUGUGCACAAAAACUGUUUGAUGAAAUGCCUGAACCAAAUGUGGUGUCCUGGACGUCGCUUAUGGCUGGUUACACUGGUGAGGCUCGACCUGAAUCGACACUUUGGCUCUUUCAGAAAAUGAAAGAAACCUCCGUUCCGCCCAAUGAGUUUACUUUUGCCACAAUGACCAAUGCAUGUUCACUUUUGGCUAACCUCAAGGUAGGUAGAAGUAUUCAUGCUCUUAUUGUGGUCAUGGGUUUUGGGUCCAAUCUUGUUGUCUGUUCCUCCCUUAUUGAUAUGUAUGGGAAGUGUAAUAAGGUUGAUCAAGCUAGGAUUGUUUUUGACUCAAUGUAUAACAGGAAUAUUGUCUCAUGGACUUCAAUGAUCACAGCAUAUUCUCAGAACGCACUAGGACACCAUGCCCUUGAUUUGUUUAAAGAAUACAAUAAUUUGAGGUUGGGUAGGCCAAAUCAUUUCAUGUUAUCCAGUGUAAUCAAUGCUUGUGCCAGUUUGGGCAGUCUUGGUGCUGGGAAAACCACUCAUGGGGUUGUGAUCCGUCUCAGACAUGAUGCAAAUGAUGUGAUUGCCACUGGACUUGUGGACAUGUAUGCCAAAUGUGGCUGUGUUAGUUACUCUGAAAUAGUCUUCAAGAGAAUCCAAAAUCCCUCAGUAAUUCUCUACACCUCAAUGAUUGUGGGUGCCGCAAAGUAUGGAGCUGGAAACCUAUCCCUGCAACUCUUUCAGGAAAUGAUUGAUAGAAGAAUCAAACCCAAUGAUGUGACCUUUGUUGGAGUGCUGCAUGCUUGCAGCCAUUCAGGCCUAAUAGAUAAAGGGCUUGAACUUCUCAACUCCAUGAACAGCAAAUAUGGAGUAAAGCCUGAUGCUAAGCAUUAUACAUGUGUUGCAGAUAUGUUAGGUCGCGUUGGCCGUGUUGAAGAAGCCUACCAGUUGGUGAAAUCUGUCAAAGUUGAAAGCAGCGAGGAAGAGGCUAUGUUGUGGGGUACACUUCUUUCAGCUAGCAGGAUUCAUGGAAGGGUAGACAUUGCCCUUGAAGCCGGCAAAAGGCUGAUAGCAUCCAACCUGCAAGCAGCAGCAGCUUAUGUUACUUUGUCCAAUGCAUAUGUAUCAGCUGGGGAUUGGGAAAAUGCCUAUACUCUAAGAUCUAGAAUGAAACAUACUGGAAUUAGUAAGGAACCUGGGUGCAGUUGGAUUGAGAUAAAGGAAUCAACAUACUUGUUUUAUGCUGGAGAUGUUUCUAAUUGUGUUCAAGGGAGUGAGAUACUGAGUUUUCUUAGGGAAUUGGAAGAAAGAAUGAAGGAAAGAGGAUAUGUGGGGGAGACAAAAGGGUUGGUUUUUAUUGACGUGGAAGAAGAGGCCAAAGAGCAAAUUAUGAGUUUGCAUAGUGAAAGACUAGCAUUGGCUUUUGGACUAAUGAAUACUCCUCAAGGAGCCAUAAUCAGAAUAAUGAAGAACUUGAGAAUGUGCAGGGGCUGUCACGAGGCCUUCAAGCUGAUUAGUGAUAUUGUACAGAGAGAGUUCAUUGUUAGGGAUGUGAACAGAUUUCAUCACUUCAAAAACGGUUUGUGCACUUGCAAAGAUUUUUGGUGAA